UCAGUUUUGCUUCAGACGCGGUAGCGACAGCAACUGGCUAUCGCGAUGCUGGUGACGGAACCGAAGACGCCGCAGCUCCUGCUGGACUCCCCAACACUGGCGCGCGUCGAACGAGCGCGCAUGCGUCAGGAAGGCACCGCAACGCGUUCUGCAUGCUGCCAGUCGCUGAUCGCGGGCUCGGGCUACGACUCGCCGGCGCUGAAACGAGGCGUGCUGUGGCAGCAGCGGGACCGGCUGUUCUCGCGCUGGAAGGAGCGCUACUUCGUCCUCACCAGGGACUACCUGCACUGCUUCAAGAGGGCCUCCACGCCGGGCCGCAUCUCCGACAUGGGGCAAUUCAUCUUCAAGCUGAAGCUGGUGGACGUGGAGCGCGUGGAGUGGAUCAACCGUAAGAGCUACAGCACGGUGGCGCUCGAGUUGGGUCCCAGGGACGGCCGUCUGCUGCUACGGGCCCCCGACGGACUCGAGGACUGGUUCGAGCUGCUAGAGGAAUGUACACUGGCAAGCAAGGAGCGGCGGCGUGCUCUACGACGAUCUCACAACCCAGGCUGGCCAUCACCAACUCCUCACCGUGGAACACCUUUGCAAGACUGGUUGUUAACCAGGAACUCUGGUCACCUUCAGCAACAGCUAUCAGACAGUGUUCCUGACCUGGCACAGCAUCAUCGUCAGCAGCAUCUCCGAACUGAAGAUCGCCGAAGAACAGAGUGUGCAGACGCAGAUGAUGAUGAAAGAUGGUUCCUACGCAAGCACUUUGACAGGGAAAAUAGACUUUCAUUGUUAACAGAUAUUGACAUCAAUAGCUGUGACAUACAAUCAGAAAAUCCUCCGUCAGUUGCUUCGACCUUCAGGGGCAGACCUACAAGCUAUCGUCUCAACAGUGAUGUGUUCUUCAUGUCUUCAGGUUCUGAACAACAUGAUAGACUCCGUCUCCCUGAAAGAAAUCCAACACAGACUGUUUCCAGUGCCCGUUCAGUACUGACAUCAAUAGCAUCGUUCAGGCACACUCAGUUACCUCACCGUACAAGGACUGCCACAGAAUGUAACUCUGACAUUUUGGAAUCUCCACAGCUGAUGAAAUUUAGAGAUCGAGCUCAUAGUGAUGCACAGAGAUUGGAACGUCCUAACUGGAAGUUCUUCCCUGAAACUACAAGGAGAACAAGUUGUGCAGUGCAGGGUACACAGGUGUGACAUGUACGUGUGGAAAAGUGCUCUGCCAAUAAUGUGGACAGCUCAUAAAAACCAAAUGACUUUCUUUAUUUGCCAAAUAUUGCUUAUAUGUUCCUCAGCUUGUUCCAUACUGAAGAACGUUUCUCCUAUUGACAGUUUUCAGUGUUUUUUAAUUAUAAGUGACUUUUUUAAAUUAAAGUUAUAAAUAUCAGCACAUUUAUCCUCUGUAAAGUUCAAGGUACCACUUCAUUUUUAUGCAUGUAACUAUGGUCUUUUCUGCUAAUAAGAAGAAAAGUGCUAGCAAGUAAGUGGUCAGCUCUUAGACAGCAAAUAGUUUUUUGAUGUGCAAAACAUUAUUUAUGUGUUCUUUGGAUACUCAGUUUUGAAGAAAUUUUGUUCUAGUGUAAUUUUUAAAUGUUUUUGUAUAAAGUAAAGAACAACCAAAAAUUAAAAUAAAUGUAAAUAAAAAAUAAAAUGUCUAUUAAUGAGAUUGCAGUAAACUGAAACUCUGAAAUUAAAAUGACUUUGUAGUAAUCCUCUGUCAAAUUCCAUAUCUGAAGAACAGAAAACUCAAGUGUUUGGUCUUCAUUGUCCUAAGGAUUGUGGUGCCUAUCUUGCCUAAUACUUAAGAAUGGUUUCGUCCCAAUAUUUUUUCUUUCUAAUACUAAUGAAGGAAUGAAGUGUUCUGAAAUCUGGUGUAUUUCCCAACAUUUGCAUGUUGUUUCAGUCAGCUGCUAUCUUGUGAUAAGAUUUCUUUGCUAAUUUUAUUUUGCUGUUCCUUAUUAUGAAACAAACAUUCUUUUUCACAUAAAAGAUGUAAAAGACGGCAUAUUUCAACUUUUGUCAUGUUUAAUAUACCUCAU